CAUUUGAAUUUUAUUUUUCUGACACGCUAAUAUUGAUUAUUAAAAUAAUUGUUUUAAAUAAAUAAAACAAUAAUGAACUACUGUUUCAAUUUGCACAAAAUUAAAAUUAUUAUUUUUAUAAUAAUUAAUGCAAUAAAUAUUUUAUCAGUGACGUCAAAAUUGCGUGAAAUUAAAAAUGAAGACCCACGUCAAUGGAGCCAAGGUUCAUUCACUGAGUUCAAUAACGUAUUCGAUAUUUUAAUUGACGAUAAGUAUUUAAGCAAUGAUACAGAUCCUCAUAAAUGUAAUGCCAGUAAUGCAGUAAUUAAAAAUGUGGCAUCUGAUCCGAAUUACUGGAAUGCAUGUCCUGGAAUAAUUCGCAGCUGCUGGAUAAAUGAAGAACCUACUGAUGUGGACGAGCCCGUUUUUAAACAGUGUUUUUGUUUAUGUGAACAUAAUAAAGACUUUACGGGUGCUAUAAAUACUUCUGUAAAUAAAAACGUUUCCUAUGUUUUCAAUCUUCCUCGGCCUAAAUUACUAGACUCCAUUUGCUUUGAUCCAAUUGUAUUAGAAGAUAAUUUUGUCGUGACUGGUGUUAGAUUCCGGCAAUAUGAUAACAGAUUACAUCUUGAAGUUCAACAAGGAGUACUUGCAAAUGGGAGAGUUGACCCAAUCACAGUUGAUUGGAACACUGUGGAGACAUGCACUGAUUCAAGAAAAAUACUUUAUGAUUUCAGCGGUGCUUUGUUCAAAAGCAUUAAACUUGUAUUAGAAGACAUUCCUCUACCCGAAAAUUUUGUUGUCACAGGUGUAACAUUUGGCGAAUCAUUGAUUGGUCGAUCCGUUAAUUACGACGGUAAUUUCGACAGCGAUACAUUAAGCAUAACUCAAAUGAGCCAUUGUACUAGCAGUACUACAAGCGUAUUGAAAAAUUACAAGAUUCUACGGCCAUCUACAUCUGCAUCACAAAAUAAUCAAGAACUGAGUCAGUCAUGCAAACAUCACAUUGAAUUCCAUACAACUUCUUUUGAAAUUAACUAUGAGCAACAUAUUGUCCCGUCUGUUGAUUUACAAGAACUAGUUACAGAUCCACCAAUGCCUAUCAGUGGAAUCGGAUGGUAUUAUCGUGGAUAUCCAAACUGCGGAGGAUAUUUAGCUUUGAAAAUUUUAAAAGCUUAAUUUUAUAUAAAUUGAUGAAUAUAAUAAAGUUAUAACAACUAUAGUUAAAACAAAAAAUA